AUGACAGAAUGUAGUGACGACGACAUCUUUGCUGAUUUCGAUGACCGAAUGGAUACCGCACCAAUUCAACUUGGAGAUUCAGAUGAUUCUUUCGAUGAAGGAUUUCAGAAAAAUCCAUCGGCGAUUGAUGAGAAAUCAGUUAUUGAAGAGUAUCGGAAGUUGAAAGAAGAAUCGAAGCGAAUAGACGAAGUGGCUGUCCAGAUUAAAAGCCUAAUCAUGAUAUGUAGAGAAAUGGAAGAAUGCUACACAAAACGAAUCGACCAGAGUUUGACGAGUUUUGGAGAGAUUAGGUAUCUACAUGAUGGCUCGAUACUCCUGCUUGUUACCAUUCAUAAUAUAACAAGUCAACCAAUGAUUGAUUGGACUCUUUCCGUGCACCCUUCAUCCGUAUUUCCUAGAAGUUUUCAAUCUGCAUCAUUCUGUCAAUCAAUUCCUCUCGGAACCCUCGUUCCUGGUGUUCGCAAGUCGUUCCAAUGUCACUUGAAUUGUGAAGAACCUCCGUUUCUUUUAAAUCUUUCUCUUAUUCGAGAAUUUCAAUUAGAUGACAUAAGAAAAGUUUUCAAAAUUGAACUUGAUCCAAUUUCCGUCACUUUUUGGAACCAAGCCCAGUUGAUUCAGAGAAAAAGUUCAGAAUUGAAUACGAGUUUUUCAUCUUCUAUUCGAUUGCCAAAUUCUCUAGUCAACCUACUAUCUGGAAGCCCUGAUAUCAUUGUUUCGAUUGCUCAAGUUUUCAAAGCAAUUUUCAAAGUUUCCAAUAUCCAAAAUGAUACGAUUAUCUUGUGUAUUCCAUCUAAUGCCACAGAUAACUUUUUUGUAAAAGUAACUUGUGCCAAAGAUGGAACAGCUCAUCAUUUAGUGACAAUUGGAACUGAAAGCUCGCGAAGCCACACGUUACUCACUCAACAUCUGCGUCUCCAUCUCAUUGUGGAGAUGUCGAAAUUGAAGUCGCGGCCGGCAAAAGGGAUAUUGAUGCUAACGAAAAUGGACGCCGUUUCGGUCGAAGAGCUCUUCAAGUCUAUGCUCGGUGCAUUUCACUAA